AUGUCGUCGUAUUGCUCGUCGGAGGGAGGCUUCUCCGACUCUUUCAUUUCUUCUCCGCGCAAAUCAAGCUUCCUCAAAGUAAUUUCCCUAGUUUAACAUUUUCCAAACGAGCUGAGAUUGAAAUAAAAAAAAAAUUUUUUUUUUUGACCUUAAAGUUCUUUAAUAAACGAUAGAAUUUUUUUCUCACCAAAGCUCACAUGUCUGAAACCAAAAAGUUGAAAAAAUCUUUUCAUUUUCAUUCCAUUUCAGGGUGAAGAUGACAACGUCGUCGAUCGCGAGAUCAAUGACGUCAUUGAAACUUUCAGACGUCAAAAUCCCUCCUCUUCGAAGUUUCCGAAUGUAACAUUUUCUUUGGAAAGUAUCUUUUGAUAGAAUCGCUGAAAUCGAUGCAGCCUUGGACCACUGCCGUCGAGAGUUGAAGGAGCUCCUUCAAACAGAAGCGGAACAGUCAGAAGAAGACGGGUCGCCUUCUGUCGACGAGGAAAACAACGAUUCCGAAGACGUCGUCACGAAACUUCGUCCGUUUCUGAUGCGGAAACGCAACAAAGAGAAAAAACAGAUGUAUUUCGAUAAGAUCGUUCAGUUGGGACUCGAGAGACAGAACUUGGAGGUCUCACCAAUGCAAACACAUUUUCUGAUCUCGUUUUUUUUUUCAGGAAAACGAAGGGUUGUCGAGCGACAAGUUGAUCAGAUCCAUGGGUCACGAGUUCGAGAUUCAGCCGAUGCGAGGCCGCCACAACCCGUGCUGCGAGGUCUGCAUGCACACCAUCUGGAGGCUCGUCCAGACGUGGAGACGUUGUCGAGGUCUCGCUCUGCGACGCUCCUGAAAAAGAACUCGUGUUCAGUUUGUGGGUUGCGAGCGCAUGACAAGUGCACGGAGAGCACGCGAAGGCUCUGCAGUGGCGUUAUCGCGUCGCGCGUAGAAUUCGCCGUCGCAACGAGUAUUUCCGAGGAACAGUCGCUCGCCGACCAGGACUACAAAUGCGCCGAGUGCUCUUCUCCCAUUUGCUACGGUUCUCGUUGAUUUUUGAAAAAGGAAUGACGUCAUCGACUGCAGAUGGUCCUGCGGAUCAAGAACCGCGUCUUUGCGACUACAGCGGCGAGUUGUACUGCCCCAACUGCCAUUGGAUGGACACUUGGAGCAUUCCAGCCAGGUUUUUCUGUUCCGGGAGAAUUCUCGCCAGAGUUCUGUCAAAUGUAUACUUUUUCGCACAAAAACGAUGAUAGUUUGGAUUUGCAAUGUUUGUUUCGCCUUUCUAACUGAAGCUGGGCCUUUUUCCAGAGUAAUUCACAAUCUCGACGCGGCGCCUCGACCAGUUUGUCGAGCCGUCAAACAUCUCCUGGCCAUCGUCGACCGCCGACCUCUCAUCACUAUCGACGAGUCUCACGCUUCUCUCAUCAAGUUCCAUAAAGUUCUUAUUUCAAUCAACUUCAAAACUUCAUUUUUGCUGCUUGAAACUUUAGAACUUUUGGUUUUUUUUUCGAAAAUAGAACUUUGUUCAGGCUUUCAAGAUUUUUUUUAGUGCUAGCACACUAAAAUUCUUUCAGCCACUAGCCGCAAAAAAAUGUUUCAGUAAAAAGUUUCAGCAAACGUUGGAGAAAAUAAGGAACUUAGGAAGAAAUUCACUUGGCAGUUUUUAGGAAUUGCGCCGAGUUAGCGAGUUGCGGAGACAUUUUCUCGUCAUGAAGUGCUACUUUAUCAGCUGUCGAGUUUGUUUUUGGACCUUUCCAUGAAUUCAAAUGGUUGCAGAAUGCUCGGAAAAUCAGGAUUCUACAGUACCUCAACCAACAUUCUCAUUUCGUUGAUUCGGCCACUUCUUACAGUCUCAAGGAGGUUUUCGUCUUUUCCAGGGCUUUUCGAAGAAAUGAGGAUUGAAGCUGCGAGAUUUGUGCAAUGGAACUCUUUUGUCUGAACUCGAGCAGAUCUUCGUCGUGUUUCGGAAACACAUUGAAGAGGUUGUUGGAAAGGUCAUGACAAAGGGAAGCAAGGAUUAUUGAAGGAAUGUGAGACUUGUAAAGGAAACGGAUUUUUCUGCGAGCUUUGCGAGAAGGGAUCUCCGGAGGGAGAGAAGGCAGGGAGAUAUUAAAUGUCCGAAAAAGUAGAUUUUUUUAAGGUCCUUUAUCCAUUCACCGAGGACACGCGGAUGUGCAAAGAUUGCCUUGCCGUGUUUCACAGAAGGUGUUUCGAGAAAAGAAGUAUGCAGUGUCCCAGGCGAGCUAUGAUUCUUCUUAGCACCGAAUUAAUUGAGAGAGCUUUUACAACUCAGAUAAGAGAUCUUAGCUUCUGCAAACGUUUGUGAAAUCGAAAAUCUCUUAUUUCCUCUAUCUUUUCAAGAAUUCGAAGUCACUCGUCAACUUUUCGGUCAUUCUUUUAUUUUAUUUUAGAAGAGACGGUUUUUUGAAUUUGAAAAUUUCUGGAUUUAAUCAACUUAUGUUCGAGUUAUAGUUUUUUCAGCAUCUUUAACACGCCUGUUUAAGGUGGCCGGUCGUAUUACGGUAGUUUGGUAAGGUUUUUCAGUAAUAAAACGAAAACUUGUGUACUUUUUUUGACGUAACUUACCUUUUAACCUCGAGAAAUAUAUAGGUCCUCAACAAAUUGCGAAAAAUAAAGUUAAUUAAAAAAACUUCUUGGCUCCGAAACUGACGGCGCAAAAUUGACCGGCCACCGUAGCACUGCCUCAAACAUGCGUGUUAAAAAUGGAAAUGUUUUUCCCAAUAGAAAAAUGAAUAAAAAGGUCUUACCAUCUAGAUAGGUGAGUAGGGACAGAACAUUUAGUUCAAAUUUACACCCCUCAACCUAAAGUUCGUAGUCAUUCGAUUACUCUUUUUCCUUACAGAUGUGAGCGUCGAAAACGCCGAAGCGUUCCACUGGAGGCUACCAAUGAAGAAUCCGUCGUUCAAGAGAAAAUUGAUCAAACAGAAGCCACAGACUCAGCCGGAACCGCGCCUCUUGAGCCGAAGCAGAUCGAAGGAGAUCCAGCUUUGUGA